UAUCCCCACUUGACUGACUGAACAGAAACGAAUGAAUGAGCUGUCAGGGUUUCUUUCGUUUUAAUGUAUGAUUUACGGGUUUUAUACGCGCUAUAAGUGUCAGUUUAUGCUUUUUAUAGCAAGCAUUAGCUCCAAGACUGUACGCUGUACUUAUAUCUAUCGUUGUUAGCCAAUGACAAAAAGCCACGGUUCAUUUGGGCAGCAUUUGUAGAGCAAAUAAAACACACAGUAUGGAUUAUGAGGAAAAGGCGAAUUCUGUUGCAGAUCGUCUUUUGAGCUACAGGAAAGACGAAUCCGGCUGGAAAAUCUGUAAGAAAUCGAAUGAAGUUGCUGUUUAUUGGCGCCCUUCAGCUGAAUUCCCAGGAAAUGUAUAUAAGGGCGAUGGGAUCGUCAAUGGCAGUCCACAGAAAGUCUGGGAGUGUUUGAAACCAGAUCCAAAUGGGCUUCGUCUCAAAUGGGACAACAACGUAAAGAAGUUUGAGCUGCUUGAACAAGUUUCUACAGAUGUUACAGUGUGUAGAACUGUUACUCCCUCUGCUGCUAUGGGCGUUAUAUCGCCACGAGACUUUGUAGACGUUAUAUUAGUCAAGCAAUAUGAAGAUGGAACGAUUACAUCAAAUGCAACUAAUGUGGGCCAUCCAGCUUGUCCUCCGCAGCCCGGCUACGUGCGCGGUUUUAAUCAUCCAUGCGGCUGCAUUUGUGUGCCUGUACCAGGGGAAGCAGGUAAAACCCAGCUUAUCAGCUUCUUCCAGACCGAUCUUGGAGGUUUGCUUCCUCGUUCCAUCGUGGAUUCGUUCUUCCCCGUUAGUAUGACCGACUUUUACACGAACCUCAGUAAAGCUGUUAAAUCUCUCAAAAAGCACUAAAGGCACUUUUUGUAGAAUAUCCACAUCCAUUACUGUACAACAAAAAGGUAUUUUCUGAUCCUUGCUGUGUUUAUCCAGUGAGCACUAAACUCCCACUUUUAUGUUCUUUACUGAUUCCAACCUAAAUUUUAAGUCAGCCCUGGUUAUGGCUUUCUGAUCCAACGUCUACAAAGUCUGACGUCUAGUGUGUGUGACCAAAAAUAGCUGUCUUUUCUAAAACUGAUUUCUUUUUGAACCAAUUCUAAAUAUGAUUGUGCUCACUGGGUUCACUUUUUUAUAUUUUGUUCUUUUAAAAGGCGCAGAACAGAAAAGUAACUUCCCUACUUAACCUUUCUACUUAUUUCAGCAUACUUUAACAAAUGUCUUCAUUCCUUCAUUCAUUCGCUCCCUCAAUACGAGAAAUUGUCAACAUUUUCUCCUUUAAUUUAAAAUUCUUGAAGCUGGAUAUAAAAUACUGAAGAAUCCAUAGCGCUAGCGUUAGCCACUUCUUGGUUAACUGCUAAUGUUAGCGUUUACAUGCAUAGCGCAAAACAAACCACUUGCUUGUAAUGCUCACAAGAGGAUUCUUUUUUAUUGGUCUAUUGUUCAAACUGCCAAUUUCAGGUACGUUUUAAUAUUUGGGCUGUACGACGGGCAGCUGUAAUGAAGGAAAUGAAUAAUUCCAACAUGCACAUAAAUGUCUUAAAAGCUCACUUUACAUGCAAACUGGGAUUGUGGGUAAUAGAAUUACACACUCGGCAUGAUCCAAAGGACCAUAUAAGCGAAUCAUUGGCCUUAAAUUACUUCACAUUACAAAAGCAAGAUUGCGACAACAAAUUUGAACCACCUGCUAUAACUGUCACUUAUAGAGAAAAGCACAAAUGUGGCAUGGGCAGGUAAGAGCACACAUUGCGCACAUCACACCAAUACACUGAUGGUUUAUUUUGAUAUAACACUACAUCACUAUGUUUAAUUUUAUAGCCUCAGUUUUUAUAGGAGUUACUUUUCUGUUCUGUACUUUUGACACUAAAGUGAGCACAUUAAAGGAAAUGAGAUUUGGUGCAAGAAAUACGGCUUGAUAGCUAUUUUUUGCUACCAAAAGAAAAAAAAGUCUUGAUAUGACAAAUAAAUGCAUCAAUCUGAUACUGAAUAUCGUCAUACAUCAGACUGAUGAUGUUAUGAGUCACUGGAUACGAGUGGAAUCCGAUCAAAUUUGCCAUUUCACAAUCAGAAACAAAAUGUAGGAUCUGAUCCGCUGGUGUUUUAAACAUUCCAUAAAUGUGAUGAUGUUGCCUGAAACAAACACGAAUCUUGCACAUGUACGUGCCUGUGAUAUUUUGCAUCACUUACCAACAGAUGCUUACGGGAGUCGAUUUGAGUAUUGUGAGAAUGACCCAGUCAUUAGCUGAAAGAUCUUGAAGCUAACAGGGUGUCUCCAUAUCUACACCUUUUCAACACCUUUUAUUAUGUAUAUAGACACUAUCGGUUCAGUAUCGGAUAACAGCUCUGAUGUUGGGAUCAUGUUUAAAAAAAAAAUGGGACGUGUGAAUCCCUUAUACAUAAUCUUUUUUUCAUAUAGUUGCAGACAAAAUAGUGCAAUCUGAACAUUUUUAAUGCAAUGAGUAGAAUUAAGUGUGGUACUGAAAGGUGGAUUCAAGUGUUAUGCAACAGUCAAAUGGAGGCAUAAAGAGAAAUAGACAGAUAUUUGUUUCAGUUUAAGCUUGGAUUUUGAUUUUAGAAGAAGAACUAUUUUUUUUUAAUUUGCAUUGUAAGUAUUUUGGUUUCACAUUUAUAAUACUAAACAAUUUUUUCUAAUGUAAACGAUUUGCAAUUUUGUUGCUUGUGAUAAUAAGUUAAUCAUCUUCAAUUUAAGGCAUUAUAUUUAAUUUAAUACAAAAGUAUAUAAGCAAAAUGUAAUUAAAUAUUCCAGUUGCAAGCGGUACAUUUUCGUAUUUUUUGGAACUUUGAUCGUCAAAUAAUGGAAAUUCAAGGUGUGCAUGACAUAGAGGCAAAGAACCACCCGACAUGGGGCAGAGAAUGUUUGCCUUUGGGGAGUGUGUUUUAAAGAAAGGAAGGGAAAGGGCUUUAUACUUGUUACACUUUACAGAAGUGGUCCCCAACCCUCGGACCGUGGACUGGUUAGUUGGUACCGCACUGAAAGAAUACAUAACUUACAUUAUUUCCGUUUUAUUUAUUAUCUGAUUCUGAAUGUUUUAUUUUGGAAAAUUACCGGAUUCUCUCCGCCACAUCUGUCUAUGACUCACUCUUGAUGCAUGUUAAGAUGCCUCGGUCACAUGUUUUACCAACAUCCGCUACCUUCUUAAAGAGGCUGCUCCGGCCGGUAACGCUUAAUACAUUACCAUUAAAUUCAAACCCCCAAGCCAACAAAAUGAACAAAAAACAACACAGUGGAUUCACGUUUAUAAUUAUAUUUAAAAAAAAUACUAGUUUUUAUGCCGGUCGUAUCAUUUUAUUUUGUUGUAUU